CAGUGCCUGAAGGUUGCUGUUCUCGGUGCUGAAGCCUCCCGCGGAUGCGAGUUGUGUUGAGAUAACAGCAUCCCUCUCCUCAGCCAUCGCGACCACUCUGGCUUUUCCCAUAAGUUCCGUGCUCUCCCGGAACCUUUUUUUGAUUAGGCUACAUGUCCAAUUAAUGUAUAAACCCUUGAGUUAGCAUGCCGUGUUAGGGAAGGCGUGUCACGGAUCAAUAAGCAGAAUGGAUUCGCGGUGUUUCAUCCUUGCUGUUCUCCUAGCUUUCCACGCGUUUGCUGCCAUCGCUGCGGAUAGGAAAUUCGGCUGCUUAUUUGAAGAUGGCGUCUGUGAGUCAUACGAAGUUUGUGCCAAUGACGGUGUGUUUGGGAGGUGCCAGGCGUUCCCAGUGACCGAGGCGUACUCCUACGAUGUCUCUCCCUCCGCCCUGCGCCAGCUCAGGUCUACCCUCCAGAAGCUGGCCCACCGAGGUUACACGUGGCAGGAUGACACCACCCAACAGGUGAUCACCAAGGAGCUGGCCAAGCUACCCAAGAUCCCCCUCCGACACCUGGAGGCGUCCUUCGCCGACUUCCCCGGCACUUCAAGAGCCAAGGCUCCGCCUCCUGAUGCCAACAGGAAGCUGAAAAUGGAGGAGGCGGAGCUUAGCAAGUCACUUCAGAAGCACCUGCAGGAUCUGGGCUUCCUCCCUCCGACUAGCUCCCAGUCCCGCUCCCAAUCCCAAUCCCAGUCCCAGUCCCAGUCCCUGUCCCAGUCCCCCGAGGGCUCCCUCCGACAGCUGAGCGGCGACCGCUACCACCUCAUCGAGUACGUCCAGCCCAACACGCAGGGCAAAGGCAAGACCACUGCCACCUUCUUCUCCUACCGCGCGCCCAAGAAGACGCAGGGCCAGGGGGCGGCAGUGGACGGAGUCGGGGUGGCCCCAGCUCCAGUGACCCCGCCCGCGGGGCCGGACCAGGAGCGGGCCAAGGCUCUGCUGAGGGAGCUGCAGCAGUAUCUGGCCGGGGACGGACCCGUGCGGCGGCCCGGUAGCCCUCCGGUCAGCACCAGCGUCAGCGCUAGCGCGCGUCCGCUGGGGAGGCUGGACUACUUCAGCAUGCUGAGGCCACUGGCCGCCGAGCGGCUCAAGGCGGCCGAGGCCAAGGCGGGCCGGUUCGGCGGGAGGCUGACCUCGCAGAAGGUUCUGGAAGCCCCCAAGCCGCCGCUGCCGAGGAUCGACCGGCUUUUCUUCCAGUCCGCCCCAAAGCCGCCAGCGCCGCCCAAAGAGCCCCUGAGCUUGGUGGAUGAGAGAUUCAUCCAGAGCGUUGUAACGCAGCUGGGCCGGAAGAGUGUCAACGUCGAGGCCAUGAGCCCCAAAGACCUGGACCAGCUCUCCGACAUCAUCGCCGAGGCUCUGCAGGUGGUGGAUGGUGUCGGACCCCAGGUCAGUCGGCAGAGGGGUCGCGAGGUCACCGCAGACGAGGGGGCGGCCGACGAAGAUGAGGACGAGGAUGAGAGCGAAGGUGAGAGCGAGGUGAAGAGAGACCCGGAGCUUGACCCGGAGCUGAGGGCAGCUCAGCCUGGCGCUUUGAAGGAGGAGACCGCACCGCAAGCACAACAGACAAAAGUAGCAAACUCCAACUCUGAUGACAAGGACGGCGGCUUUAUCAAGCAGCUGCUGGAGUACCUUGACCAGACCACAGACCCCGGCGCCUUCUCGCCGAACACGCCGCCAGACGUGCCCGUGCUGGGCGAACCCGCCAACCUGCGGGCGCCCCUGGCGCCGGGCAGAGUGUCCGUGGAGAACGUCCAGAGCAAGACCACCCAGACGCAGCUGGACGUGCCGCAGAAGAAGGAGAAGAAGGAGGACGAGGAGGAGGAGGACGAGGAGGCGGCGGAGGAAGAGGAGGCGCUGGCGGCCGACCCUCUGGACAGCCUGGACCUCCUCGGCGAGGCCGACGUGGAGCAGUGGAUGCGGGGCGCAGCGGCGCCGGACAUGGGCCUGCUCUCCGAGCCCCAGAAGAAGGACAUGGGCCUGCUGUCCGAGCCCCAGAAGAAGGACAUGGGCCUGCUGUCCGAGCCCCAGAAGAAGGACAUGGGCCUGCUGUCCGAGCCCCAGAAGAAGGACAUGGGCCUGCUGUCCGAGCCCCAGAAGAAGGACAUGGGCUCCCUGCGGGCGGAGGAGGAGAGGGAGGCGCAGCAGAGGAGGCUGCGGGUGGAGGAGCUGACGGUGGGCGUGGCCACCUACACCAGCCCCGAGAAGGAUGCAGACUUUGGCUACGUCAUCACGGAGGACUCUCUGUCCACUGAUCAGGGUCUCAAUCUCAUGGAGCUGCUGGCAGGGAAAGCCAAGCUACGGGUGACGGACUUCCUGCAGCUCUCUGUUUUGGGACCGGCAGUAACCUUCAGAGUGCGCCCCAAUGCUCGCAAUGUCAGCACCGCUGAACUGGCAAGAGUAGCAGUUGCGCAAAAGGACCAGCUGGAGAAGGAGACCGGACUGCACAUUCUGGAGGCCGGCAUGAGUGAUAGGAGCAAGCUGAACCAGAUCCCCAUCGUGAAACACAGCCAUGUGGAGUCCAGCAACUUCCUGGUUUUGACCGUGGUGUCCAUGGUGUUUAUCGUCAUGGUGCUGGGGGUGUCGGGGGCACUGUACUGCCUACGCCACCACUCCCACCUCAAGCUGAAGGAGAAGCUCGCCAGCCUGGGGACUGACACCAGCGCCGAUGCCACGGCAGCCUAUCAGGACUUGUGUCGGCAGCGCAUGGCGGGCCAGACGUCGGAGCGGGCGGAGCGCGGCGAGCGACCGGAGCCGCUGGCGCACACAUCGCACACGUCGCGCAUCAACAGCGUGUCGUCGCAGUUCAGCGACGGGCCCAUGCCCAGUCCGUCGGCACGCAGCAGCACCUCGUCAUGGAGCGAGGAACCCGCCCACUCCAACAUGGACAUCUCCACUGGACACAUGAUACUGUCCUACAUGGAGGACCACUUGAAGAACAAGAACCGUCUGGAGAAGGAGUGGGAGGCUCUCUGCAGCUACCAGGCUGAGCCGGGAGCCUCCGCCGUGGGCCAGGAGACGCAGAACAUCCAGCGCAACCGACCCAACGGGGUCCUCGUCUACGAUCACUCCCGAGUCACCUUGAAGCCUGAGAACAACCACAACAACUCAGAUUACAUCAACGCCAGCCCCAUUAUGGAUCAUGAUCCUCGUAACCCUGCCUACAUCUCUGCCCAAGGUCCACUGCCUUCUACUGUGGCUGAUUUUUGGCAGAUGGUGUGGGAGAGUGGCUGUGUGGUGGUCGUCAUGCUCACCCCCCUGUCGGAGAACGGCAACAAGCAGUGCCAACAGUACUGGCCGGACGAGGGCUCCACCCUCUACCACAUAUAUGAGGUGAACCUGGUGUCGGAGCACAUCUGGUGCGAGGACUUCCUGGUGCGCAGCUUCUACCUGAAGAACGUGCAGACCAACGAGACGCGCACCGUCUCGCAGUUUCACUUCCUGUCCUGGAUGGACCUGAGUGUCCCCGAGUCGGCCAGGACCCUGCUGGACUUCCGCAGAAAGGUUAACAAGUGCUACCGGGGUCGCUCUUGUCCUGUCAUAAUCCACUGCAGUGAUGGCGCUGGGAGAAGCGGAACAUACAUCCUGAUUGACAUGGUCCUCAAUAAGAUGGCUAAAGGUGCUAAAGAGAUUGAUAUUGCUGCUACCCUGGAGCACUUGCGAGACCAGAGGCCCAGCAUGGUGCAGACAAAGGAGCAGUUUGAGUUUGCUCUGACAGCAGUGGCUGAAGAGGUGAACGCCAUCCUCAAAGCUCUUCCACAGUGAGGGUCGUGAGCAGUCACUCUUCAGACUGGCAGCUGUCCUCUCCCUGCACCCCUGAUGUUCUCUCUCUCUCUCUCUCUCUCUCUCUCUCUGAGGCUCUCACUCCCUCUCUCCUCUGUCUCCUUGCCCGCACUCUUCCUCAAGAGGACUCUAGCCUCCCUUCCUCUUCUGUCUAACUCCUUUUGAAGAUGGAUGCACCUGCCCUUUUCCUUCAUCUCUCCCUCUCUCUGUCCCUCUCUCUCUCUCUCUCCUUUUUCCCCUCCUCCCCCCACCUUUUUUCAUUGCCUUUGUAAAUACAAAGUCCUUACCUCACCUCCUCAGUCCCUCUCCACUUUCUUAUCCACUCUCAACCCUUUUUCAUCUCUCUUUGUAUAAACAAAAUGCAUCACCCACUUUCCUUCUCUCUUUUCACGAUAGUAUAGUGCCUAUCCCUCUUCUUUUCCUCUUCUUCUUCUUCUUCUUCUUCUUCUUUCCAACACUUUUUGUAAAUGUGUGACUCUGUGAGCAUAUUCAUAAAUGUGUUGUAUUCUAACGGAAAAAUGUUUUUAGAACAAAACCUUUCUGUGGUGGUAGCAAUGAAGAAUAUUAUCUAUAAAAGAUUUCUAUCCCCCCCUCCCUGUUUUCUUUUUCCGUCCUGCAACUCGAGUUAAAAAUGAUACACUAUAACCAACAGAGAAAUUAUUUAGACGUGUGACUGUCGUAAGGAAAGUCGGAUACUCUUUCUCUUACUCUAUGUGUCUUGCUCUCCUCUAAUUGAGGUUCCUAGACUUGGGUUGAUGCCAGUAGAAAUCUCAUGACGUAAUGCAGCAUUGUGUCUGUAUGACACAACUCAUAAACCCUUAUAUCAGUGUUUACUAAUCUCAUUUGUUUCUGUGCAAUGGAUCAAUAUAGCAACCACUGCCUCAAUGUGAAUAUCAAUGUGACAAAUCUGGAUAUAUGAAUGGUGACAAGCAAUAUGAAAUAAAUUACCUAUGGAGAUUACCAGACGGUCAAAAGUUUAAUUGUGGCACAUUGGUCUGUGUCCACAAAAAUCUUGUGAUUGUGUAAUUUAGACUGAUAACUACAGUGUAUGCCAUGAAUAUGAAAUAAUUAAUCUUGUAUUGACAGCUGAAAUGUUCUCUAAAUUGUAAAAUAUAUUUUUGUGUGUAAAUGAUAGGCCUAUCAUAUUAGUAAUAAAGCUCUAUUCAAACUG